AACGAGGCGGUUUCUUCAAGUAGACAGUAGAAUUCCUUCCCUGCGUCCGCGAACUUCGAGAGAGUUCUGCGCUGGAGCGACGGCGAACCCGAACCCGAACCCGAGCGAGAUGACUUUUGUGCGCCUGAUCCUGACCCUGAUUCUGGGCUCUGUUCAGCUCUGCCGAACCGACCCGCGGCCCGGGAAACCCAAUGAGCUGUUGGUGAUCACCGCCGCGACAGAAGUGAACGAUGGCUACCUGAGGUUCAUGCGCACCAUCCGACAGUUCAACUACACCGUUCAGGUUCUGGGGCUGGGUGAGGAGUGGAAGGGUGGUGAUGUGGCGCGGACCGUCGGCGGAGGUCAGAAGGUUCGAUGGUUGAAGAAAGAACUAGAGAAACACAAAGACAAACAAAACAUGGUUAUCAUGUUUGUAGACAGUUAUGAUGUGAUUUUAGCCAGCGGUCCAGAGGAGCUGCUCAAGAAGUUUUCUCGUUUCUCUCAUCGCGUGGUUUUCUCCGCCGAGGGCUUCUGCUGGCCGGACCAGAGAUUGGCGUCCAAAUACCCAGUAGUGCAUCACGGCAAACGCUACCUCAACUCUGGAGGUCUCCAGCUGAAUUAUCUGGGUAACUAUGUGCCGUCGGCGUGGACGUAUGAACAUGGCUGUGGGAUCUGUGACGAUGAUUUGCUGGACCUGAACGGUGUAUCUGACGAGGAGAUGCCGCUGGUGCAUGUCGCUGUGUUUAUCGAGCAGCCGACACCGUUUCUGGAAGAAUUUCUGGAGAGACUCGCAACUUUGAUCUACCCACACACACGCUUACGACUCUUCAUACACAACAACGUUGUGUAUCACGAGCAGCACGUGGAGCAGUUCUGGACGCGUCAUCGCUCGCUGUUCCCAGGGGCGAGAAUUAUCGGACCCGAGGAGAACCUCAGACAAGACCAGGCCAGAACCAUGGCAGUGGAGGCGUGUAAGAAGGACGUCUCCUGUGAUUAUUUCUUCAGCAUCGACUCUGAUGUUGCUCUGACCAAUCCAGAUGUUUUGCGGAUUCUUAUCGAAGAGAACAAGGCUGUGAUCGCUCCCAUGCUGUCUCGACACGGCAAGCUCUGGUCGAACUUCUGGGGCGCUCUGAGUCCGGAGGGCUUUUACUCGCGCUCGGAGGACUACAUCGACAUCGUCCAGAGCAAGAGAGUAGGAUUGUGGAACGUUCCCUACAUCACUCAGGUCUAUCUGAUCCGCGGAGAGACCCUGCGCUCGCGUCUGGCCCCCGUUUCUCUCUACCAGCAGGAGGGCAUGGAUCCAGACAUGAUCUUCUGCAAGAGCGUGCGCGAGCAGGGCGUCUUCAUGUUCGUGUCCAACAGGGAUGAGUUCGGCCGUCUGAUCUCCUCCACCAAUUACAACAUCAGCCGUCUUCAUCCGGACAUGUGGCAGAUAUUCGACAACCCAGUGGACUGGAGAGAGAAAUACAUCCAUGAGGAUUACUCCAAGAUUUUUGAGGACGAUGAGAACUUCGUUGAGCAGCCCUGUCCAGACGUCUACUGGUUUCCAGCAUUCUCUGAGAGAAUGUGUGACGAGCUUGUUGAGACCAUGGAGGAUUUUGGCGGAUGGUCUGGAGGAAAAAACAAGGAUGAACGGUUAUCUGGAGGUUAUGAAAACGUUCCUACAGUCGAUAUUCACAUGAAUCAGAUCCAGUAUGAGAAAGAGUGGCUGAAGUUCCUCAAAGACUACAUCGUUCCUGUGACGGAGAAACUCUACCCAGGAUACUAUCCGAAGGUGUAUAUUUUCAUAUUUUUGUGA